AAGAAAGAAAGAAAGAAAAAGUAUGGGUAGAGAAUGUUGCAAAUGUAAAAUACUAAUUAUGUAGAGUAAUUAUGUAGUUAGUGUAAAAUAACAUAAAAAUAUAAUUAACUUACAAAAACAAACUAAUAAUAUAAAUAGGUUUAGUUCUUUAUAAUCCCAGAGAGUUUAUAUUCCUGUGUCGUAACACAGAAAAUAUUUUAUUUUUGUGUGCAGGAGUGAUAAUUUGAAUUCGGCAAUGUAGUGAACUUGGUAUGCAUGGCUCAUUAUCAGUCAUCUCUUUAUUGAAACCAUAAACACUUGUAUAUGACUUUUAAGUAAGAUUUACCAUCCUUGAACUCUCGUCACAUCAGGAGACUUCUGAAAGUCCAAUAUCAGAUAGAUACGCAGCUGCUAAAGUCUGUCAAACAACGCAUUCGACUUCGGUUCGGCUUGUCCAGAUUUCGCCCGAUCUCACACGAACUUGCUCGUAUCGGUAAUCGCGGGCUGUUUUGUGGGAGGAUAGGACGUAUAGUGGGUUAUAAUGACUGUACGUUCAUCACGAAGUGUCUGAUUUAUCGUAUCAGGUGCAGAUUGAUUUGAUACCAACGGCCACAAUAUAUAGUCAAUCUUUCACUUCAGUGACAAUAUUGUUUGCGUUCUUUACUUAUUGAAUUCCAUUCAGUACUCAUAAAACCAUGCCGCAUUUUCGGCUCGAAACGAAUGUGCCGAAGAGCAAAAUUCCUUCAGGUUUUUUGAAAGAAACCUGCAAAGUGGUUGCAACGACUUUGGGGAAGCCGGAAAGUUAUUGUGUUACUACUGUAGUCCCUGAUGCCAUAAUGUCUUGGGCUGGAACAGACGAACCUUGCGGAAUUGCUACACUAAUGAGUAUUGGGCAACUGGGCACUGAGCAGAAUAAAAAACAUGCAAAAGUCUUGCAUGAUCAUGUAGAGAAGUCUUUGGGUAUUCCAAACUCAAGGUUGUAUAUCCACUUUAUUGAUGCCAGUGCCGCUGAUGUCGGAUACCAGGCAACUACGUUCCACGAAAUAUUUAGUGGUAAAUAAUGGAUUUUGGGUCUGCACAAAUGCUUGGAAAAUUUGAGCUUUACAGAAUGCUUUUCAUAAAUAUAUAUUAGCAUCUGAAAUAAAAAGGAAAUAUUUUUCUGUAAUCAUCUUUGUAACUUUCAAAUGCAUCAUUAUGUAAAGAAAAUAAAAACUUUUUAGUAUGUAGAAGUAUUAUUUUUAUUUAAGGGUGAAAAUUAAAGGUACAGA